AUGGGUGACUACGGGCAUCAGCCGUAUCACCUUCCUAUCGACUGGAGUGUGCAACUGCAGUCGCUUGCAAACGAUGCCACCCUCAGAAACUACCGCAAGAAUCUGUCGAGAGUGUCUAAGCCUAGCAGCGCUGGCAACAGUCCACACUCGCAAACAAGACGACGCACGAUGAUCAACAACACCACCACCAACAACAACAACGGCUUUCCUAAGGCCCGAAACCUCUUCCACAUGAACAACAACAGUGCCAACACUUCCACUCAACAACAACGACCCUCAAGGCCGACCAGCUGGCAUCCGUCCGCGAAACAGCAACAGCAGCCAUACUACGUACCCAACUGCCACCCCUCAUGGCUGCGAGGAUCUGAUGUCUCUGUCUCCGCUGUAGCCGCCCAGCAACAGUCGGGCAUGACUUCCAUGUACGGUCUCUCGACGCCCAUCACAUGUCCCAUGAGCGGCGACUUGCUAUCCACCAACGAUUACUAUGCCAACACUUACGGCGAACCAUACAACUUUCUCCCUCCUGGUCCGCAAGUCUACACACCCGUCGAGCCAUCAGAUAUGUUCUAUUCCGAGCCAUCGGAAUGGUCAUCAUACAGUAUGGAAGGCACGCCUAUCUCCACAUAUCCAUGGAUGCAACACAGCAAUGGGUUGGUAUCCUCGACGGACCCUGCAAUGAUCGACUAUGGCCACGAAAGUGUCGCUUCAGCUGACGAUCUCACUGCACCACCAACCCCAGAAAUGGUCUACAACCACCAACAGCAACCACCAACUUUGAUCUCCAGCACUGAGGACGAUCUUGAUGAUGGUGGCGAUGCUCUAGUGGCCGUUGGUCUCUACGACGAGCCUUCCUCGUUCUCCUUUACAUUGCUUGGUGGCGGUAAUCAUACCUGCCAUCCUACCGGUAAGGGACUCAAAUUGGAAGAGACCUUUACCCCUGUCGAGGACGACGAGGAGGACGGAGACGCCGAGAUUGAUGAUUAG